CGGGCCCCUCUUUCUCUCCAAAUUUAUACAGGCCAGAUCCUAUAUUUGUGGGUCUGAAGUGUACCCCAAGCCUUCUAUAGGGUAUAUGCCCUAAUGCCUCCUUUUGCAGGACCACCCCUUCAAAAGACCCAAUUUUGCCACCCAAAAAGAGAGACCCCAAAUAUCAUAACCCUUAAUGUUGGUGGCCAAAUCUUCCAAACAAGCCCACAAACCCUAACCCUAGCUGGCCCAAAUUCUCUCCUCUGUACCCUAACCACCUCUUCUUUAGGGAGCAUUCCCUUCAUUGAUAGGGACCCUGAUCUUUUUUCUAUCCUUCUGACCCUGUUGAGAACUGGUACUCUUCCUUCUAGGGCAAAAGUCCUAGAUCCUGAAGACCUGAUCCAUGAAGCCCAAUUCUACAAUAUAGAGCACCUCCUCAUUUCAGCAAUUACUGACCCAUCUUCUUUCUACCCUCUGAAUUUGCAGAAAACUCUGAUUCUUCCAAUAAAUGGCCGAGAUUCUCCCUCAGCCAUAGCCACACACCAAGACGGGUCUGUUUUGGUCAGCCAUGGAAGCAAGAUUACAGCUUUUGAUUGGUCCCUUCGUCGAAAAACCAGUUUUUUAACGGAAUUUCCAGCCAUUGAUUCUUUGCUCUUUCUCUCUCCCUCAGUUGCAGCCGCUGGAGCUUCAGACUAUUCAGGAGUGAAGAUCCUUGAUAUUAAUAGUGGAUUGGGCAUCAAAACCCUAAAUUGGGAUAACCCAAUUUACUCGACAGUGCAGGCAAUUGGGGCUUCGCCUGAAUUUCUCUUUGCAAGCUUCGAAUCCUGUCGAAAAAACUCAAAUCUGAUACAGGUAUUUGAUAGAGAGAGUUUCAGGCCUUUAAUCGACCUCGGUCACGAAGAGAAACAGGGGGUUGAGAUUGGAUCUGCAAUUCCAGCUACAAAGCUCAAUUGGGUUUCUUCCCAGGCCCUCUUAAUGGCUUCUGGCUCCUACAGCGGGCCUUUCGGUUGCGUGGGUUCCAUUAAAUUAUGGGAUAUAAGGUCUGGCUCUAGGGUUGCUGAGAUCAAAGAAAAUGAGGAUUGUUUUGCUGAUGUUACAGUGAAUGAUGGUAUUUGGGGGCUUUUCAAAGUUGGGUUGGUUUCAGGUGAGGUUUACAUGAUGGAUUUGAGGAGAUUGGGUUCUAGUGAGAGAUGGGUUUCUUUGGGUGAAGGUUGUAGUAAAGUUAUGAAUGGAAAUGGGAAGAGAGAAGGGGUGAAUUCUAAGAUUGUUGGGCAUGGAAAUAGUGUGUUUUGCAGCAGGGGUGAGAAUGUGGAGGUGUGGUCUGAAGUUUUGAUGGGUGGUAAAGAGAAAGAGGGGGUGUUUAGGAAGAAUGUGAUGGGGAGGAGAGAGAAAGUGGGACAAAGUAAGAUAACACAAUUGGAUUUUGGUGGGAAUAGGAUGGUUUUGGCUAGGAAAGAUGAGCAGGCCAUUGAGGUUUGGCAAGGGUCAGGUACCAACUUUGUGAAUUGGGGUUGGAAUUAGGAUGUUCAUGUUAUUAAGAUGUACAACUUCAUUCUUGUAUACUAAUUCUUCUUUUGUAUUGUGUAUAUUGAACCUUUUCAAGUUAUAAAAGAUUUACUCUAUUACUUGUUGCUCUCAUAAUUCUUCUUGUGUAUUGUGUAUAUUGGACCUUUUCAAGUUAUAAAAGAUUUACUCUAUUACUUGAUA